UGGCCGGAACUGCUUGAAUAUCCACAUUUCAGUUUCUCCACCAAUCAAGUUUUAAUUCAUCAUGGAUAAUCUGUCAGCAGAAGAAAUUCAGCUGAGGGCUAACCAGGUUACUGAUGAGUCUCUGGAAAGUACAAGGAGAAUCCUGGGUGUAGCCAUUGAGUCUCAGGAUGCAGGAAUCAAGACUAUCACUACGCUGGAUGAACAAGGGGAACAACUAAAACGCGUAGAAGAAGGCAUGGACCAAAUAAACAAAGACAUGAGAGAAGCAGAGAAGACUUUAACAGAACUAAACAAGUGCUGUGGCCUUUGUGUAUGCCCCUGUAAUAGGAGAAAGAACUCUGAGUCUAGUAAAGCCUAUAAGGCAACAUGGGGAGACGGUGGAGACAACUGUCCUAGCAAUGUAGUAUCUAAGCAGCCAGGCUGAGUGACAAAUGGUCAGCCUCAGCAAGCAACCACAGGAGCAGCCAGCGGCGGAUACAUUAUACGUAUAACAAAUGAUGCCAGGGAAGACGAAAUGGAAGAGAACCUGACUCAAGUGGGCAGUAUCCUAGGAAAUCUAAAAAACAUGGCCCUGGACAUAGGCAAUGAGAUUGAGGCUCAAAAUCGACAGAUAGAACAGAUCACAGAAAAGGCUGACACCAACAAAGAUCGUAUUGACAAUGCCAAUGCCAGAGCAAAGAAACUCAUGGACAGCUAAAGCUACUGCUGUACUUCUUUAUCAUUUAUUCACUUCCCUAGCUCCUCCUUCAAAGUCAUUACCUUUCCAGAGUUUGAAAUUUUGGUUCCACACUCUUCUAAUAGGGAGAUGAUGUGGAAGAAGAUCUAGGAGUAACA